AUGCAGAAUUUACAACUGACAGGAAUAACACAAACUGAAAUAACUGAAGAAAAAUCACAAAGCAAUCACUGGACAGUCGCAUAUGAAAGGUUCAACAACCUUGUAUCACUUGAAACUGCAGUUAUUUCCUCAAUUGCACGUCAAUUUGCCUUCAAAAUGAAGGGAGAUUACUAUCGCUAUUUAGCAGAGUUCAAAUCAGGGAAUGAUCGUAAAGAGGCAACUGAUCAGUCACUUCAAGCUUUUGAGGCUGCUACUGCCACAGCUAGCGCAGAUCAUGCUCCUACUCACCCAAUUAUACUUGGACUUGCAUUGAACUUCUCAGUCUUCUACUAUGCCAGCAAAGUUGUGCAUAAUGCCUACAAAAUCUAA